AGCCCCGUUACAAUCAUGGCUAAGACCAAGGUCAGACUGUACACCUGGGUGUGUUUGACUGCCCUGCUGAUGUUUUUCCUGUCCGGAUUUAUGGUGGGAUGGUUUAUUAAACCUGUCAAAGAAGUAGCCAUCCCCAUUCCUACUUAUCAAAAUGAAAGGUGGAAACUUAUAUCUGAGAUGAAGGCAGAAAACAUCAGACAAUUUCUCCGUUCUUUUACGAAGCUCCCUCAUCUGGCAGGAACAAAGCAGAAUUUUCUUCUUGCAAAACAAAUCCAGAGUCAAUGGAAGAAAUUUGGACUGGACUCGGCUGAGUUGGCCUAUUAUGAUGUCCUCCUAUCUUACCCUAAUGACACAAAUCCCAACUAUGUUUCACUUGUUGAUGAACAUGGAAUUGAGAUUUUCAAUACUUCAUUCUUUGAGAUACCCCCAGGUGGAUAUGAAAAUGUUUCAGAGAUUGUUCCACCCUAUAAUGCUUUUUCAGCCCAAGGAACACCAGAGGGAGAUCUUAUAUAUGUGAAUUAUGCACGUACUGAAGACUUUUUCAAGUUAGAACGAGAUAUGAAAAUAAACUGCACUGGAAAGAUUGUUAUUGCUAGAUAUGGGAAAAUCUUCAGAGGAAAUAAAGUUAAGAAUGCCAUGUUAGCUGGAGCCAUAGGGAUUAUCUUGUACUCAGAUCCAGCUGAUUAUCUUGCUCCUGGAGUACAGCCCUAUCCCAAUGGAUGGAACCUUCCUGGAGAUGUUGCCCAGCGAGGGAAUGUAUUAAACUUGAAUGGAGCAGGUGAUCCUCUCACCCCAGGGUACCCAGCUAAAGAAUACACCUUCAGGUAUGCAGAAAAUGAAGGAGUGGGAAUCCCCCAAAUCCCAGUACAUCCCAUUGGAUAUCAUGAUGCAGAGAUAUUAUUACGCAAUAUGGGAGGAACUGUGCCACCCGAUGACAGCUGGAAAGGAAAUCUUAGUGUGCUUUAUAAUAUUGGGCCUGGCUUCACAGGGAACUAUUCUACCAGAAAAGUCAGAAUGCAUGUUCAUAAUACCAAUAAAAUAACAAGGAUUUAUAAUGUUAUUGGAAUCAUCAGAGGAUCCACGGAGCCAGACAGGUAUGUUAUUCUUGGAGGUCAUCGAGACUCUUGGGUAUUUGGUGCUAUUGACCCAACCACCGGGGCAGCUGUUCUACAAGAGGUUGUCCGGAGUUUUGGAAAACUGAUGAACGGAGGCUGGAGACCAAAAAGAACUAUUAUUUUUGCUAGUUGGGAUGCAGAAGAAUUUGGACUCUUGGGUUCCACAGAAUGGGCUGAGGAGAAUGCAAAAAUACUUCAAGAGAGAAGCAUUGCUUACAUAAAUUCUGAUUCAUCCAUAGAAGGCAAUUACACCCUUAGAGUGGACUGCACACCCCUUCUCUACAAAUUGGUCUACAAUCUGACAAAAGAGAUUGACAGCCCUGAUGAGGGUUUUGAAAGCAGAUCUCUUUAUGAAAGCUGGUUACAAAAGGACCCUUCACCGAAAGAUAAAAACAUUCCUAGAAUAAAUAAACUAGGAUCUGGAAGUGAUUUUGAAGCUUAUUUUCAGAGACUGGGAAUUGCCUCAGGUAGAGCUCGUUAUACUAAGAACAAAAAAACAGACAAAUUCAGUAGCUAUCCAGUUUAUCACACUAUUUAUGAGACUUUUGAGCUGGUAAACCAGUUUUAUGACCCUACCUUUAAGAAACAACUUGCUGUAGCCCAAUUACGAGGAGGACUAGUAUAUGAACUUGCAGAUUCCAGAAUCAUUCCUUUCAAUAUUCAAGACUAUGCAAAAGCUUUAGAAAACUAUGCUACCAGUAUCUAUAAUUUAUCCAGGAAACAUGACCAACAACUGACAGACCAUAAAGUAUCAUUUGAUUCCUUAUUUUCUGCUGUGAGAAACUUCACAGAUGCUGCUGCAGAUUUUCAUAGAAGACUUGCACAUAUUGAUUUUAAUAAUCCAAUUGCAGUGAGAAUUGUGAAUGAUCAGUUGAUGCUGUUGGAAAGAGCUUUCAUUGAUCCCCUUGGUUUACCAGGAAGGCAAUUCUAUAGGCAUAUCAUCUUUGCUCCAAGUAGCCACAACAAAUAUGCAGGAGAAUCGUUUCCAGGAAUCUAUGAUGCCAUGUUUGAUAUUGAAAACAAAGCAGAUCAAUAUGAGGCCUGGGAAGAAGUUAAAAAACAGAUCUCCAUUGCAGCAUUUACAGUUCAAGCAGCAGCAGGGACCCUGAAAGAAGUGUUAUAAGAAGAUGCAGCAAAGGCCUCUGCUCAUAUGACAAGCCGUCACCAUCACUGGGGAGGAAACCAGAGAACAAAAUUCACCUCUCAUUUAUCUCUGAUAACCCAUGAAGCCAUAAUUUAAACAAACAAAACCUGCAGAACUCAUAUUUUAUAUGACAUUUUUCAUCCAUUCUCUUCAAAGUGCUUAUCAAUUUAGCAAAUAACCUGCUUGAAUUUAUUUGUGAAUCCCCCCCUUUGCCCAGCUGAACCUGAAAAAGAAAUGGUGGCACCGUACACAUACAUAGAUCUAUUACAUUUAUGUUAGCAGAAUCUAAAACAAAAAUCUUUAAAAAAUAGGAAUUAACUUUGCAAAAUGUAGAAGGCUAAGGUAUCAGCUACAGUUUCUCCAACUUAAUUCAGGCCAGGUUGAGAAACAGAAAUCAGAGACUUACAAGGUACAUCAUCAAGGUAUUCUAGUAUUCUAAGGGGAAAUCACCACUAAUACUUAAUAUGUCCAAAUUCCUUACAGUGAUAUUGGAAUCACUUCUAAAUAUCCCCUGACAAAGCUCUUCUACCUUUUGCUUGAAGGUCCCCCAGUGAUGGAAAACUACCAUCAGUUGAAGCACUAUUGGUUCAUUUUCAGAUAACAUCACUUAUUGAGAAUUUUUUCCCGAUAUCAAAUAUAAAUCUGCUCCAGAGUAACUCCCCUCUCCCCACCGCUAUUGCUCAAAGUUUGCCCUCUGGAGUCACAGAAAAUAAGUCUAAUACCACAUGAUAGCCUUUCAGAAAUUUAAGGACAGGCCUUCGGAUGUCCUCCUUCUUCCACUAACCAUCCUCAAGUUCCAUCCAAGUCUUCUCUUUUUUUUCCCCCAAGCUAAAGAGCAACAUUUUCCUUUCGCCCUCAAGACCUGCCACCAUUUUAGGCACUUUGCUCUGGAUGUGCUCCAGCUUCUCUGUCUCUCUCUUUAAAAGAACAAUAUUUCACAUGUGGUCUGGCCAACA